GGAAGUCUUUCACUUUGUUUCAAGAUAAUUUUAUUUUGUUUGGUUCCUUACAAGUGACAAACUCAAUUCAUCCAAUUCGUUAUUUAGCACAAAGAUUUUGGCGCGUUCUAACCCCGCCAAUGACAAAUUCUCAAAAGCUACUUCAACAGGCUGCCUUUGUUCAAAGAAAUUCUAAGCAGUUUUUGAAGUAUUUUUGUGCCUUCCUUGUUUAUAUAUUCUUCUCAGAGAUAUUUCUGGUAAACUAUGGCUUCGUUGAUGUUUGCCACGAAUUAGCAGUGUCGCAUCAGAGCCUUGUUGCCGAGUUGAACAGAAUUCAGAAACAAGUGGAGUCAGGUUACAAGGAAAGGGCGUUAGGUAUUUUCGAUUUCAAACUGGAGAAGCAAAAUUCAAAGCUUUUUUUGUUAUCUUCGAAGUUUCGUCAAACUGAGUUGGCAUAUAGUGGUUUAUGUGAGUCAAAGGCUAGCCAACAGUUUGAAAAAAUCAAGUUUCCUUUUUUGAAAAUUUUUCAUUUUUCUCAGUAUUCCACAGUUGCCACAGACAGUGCUUUGUUGUAUAUCUUUUCUAUCAUAGGAACAAAGAAUCGAGUUGCUGUUGAACUUGAAGGAGGACAUUUUCAAUCCGCCUAUCACGCAUCGGCACAUUUUCUUCUUUAUCCUUUGUGGAGCCAAAUUGUUGUUAUUUACAGCUCAUUCUCGGGUUAUACAGAAGGAGCGAAAUUCUAUCAGACCCUAGAACAGACUUACAAACGAGAGAAGAAACAUGACUUGCAUCAGCAGUAUCCCACUGUCACACUCAUAUACAAACAUCUUGACAUUGAAAAUGUUGAGCAAGCUCUUUCUAAUGCUCGUGUUAUUGGAGAAAUUGACUAUCUUUGUUCUCUAGUGUUGUUCAUUUUGUUUAUUUUCAUUAGAAUCUCUACGGUCAAACCCAGGGUUCUCGUGGUGACCUACCAGGAAUACUUUGGACCCGAUAUUGUAGCUGUUAGAAGCUACCAACCGAAUGAUGAACAGGAUGGUAGUCGCUUUUACCAUUGCGGAAAGAAGGAACAAGGUCGUAACAACUUGUUUACUGGUGCUAGUCUCGCAGCCGUUAUUCGAGCAUCAAGAAAGAAAGGUUAUCGCUUAGUUGGAUGCUUACAGAAGGAUCCAAUAGCACUGUUUAUCCGAAAUGGUGAAGGAGAACGAUUUCUUCCAGAAGCAACAGCUGAUAGCUGCUUCAGAGAUAAGUUACAAGACAAUGUCUGGCUAAGAGAUCAGCAAAUACUUUGGGAAGAAUCCCAUAGUUACUCAUGGGUCUAUGAUGUUUGACUCUGUAAGAUUUCCACACGCC